AGCUAAGGGCCUGGACCCACUUCAUCAGCAGAAGGGGUUUAGUUACACCAAGGCAGGCCAGCUCAAACAGCAGGUGGAUGGGUAUGAGGUUUGCAAUGUUAACUUUUCUUCCUGGUCUUUGGAAUCAAGCAGUGACAAGGAGCCAGCAGGGUGCAGAGCAGAGCUGAACCUGAAGAGCCGGACUCUAUCACCUGUGCUUCUUCAGAGUGGCAAAAGGGGAAGACGGAGUGUGAAGCACUGUCAGCAUCCUAGCCAUGGGCACUUCAAUAAGGUCAUGAGCCGGAGUGUUGAUACGGUAGUGGUUUCUGGAGAUGAAGACCAGAGGCUGACUUGCUCCUUCAAGAGUAGAAGCUUGGAACGCUCCCUUAUGUUCAAAGAACCUGCUGAAGUCUUAGCUCCUAGAAAGUUUCAUAUCCCAUCUACCCACCUGCCUCUCAAAGGCAUCUUGAAGCAGACAGACAUGCUAGAAGUGCGCCCCCAAAGCCUGCACAAAUCCCACUCAGUGGAGACCCUGGCCCAUGGCCACCACUCACGCAAGUAUAGUGACCCUCAGCUGUGCCUGAGCAGGCAGGACAAGCGCACACCAGACCGCAACAGCAUUAGCUUUUCUGAAUCUAUCAGACGAAAAGAGAAGAUCAUGGAGGAGAAGUUCCAGUUCUCCAAGUUCCUGGAUGAGAUCACCCAUAGGGUGGUCAGCCCUGUCCACUUACAUUCCUCGGGGGAGGGCAGAGCAGGAAAAGAAAGCCAGGACUUCCCCACUUCCCCCAGAUAUUCUACCCCAGAAAGGCAGGAGGAAAGCCAACCUGAGGGCGCUAAGCGGACAGCUGAGAAAAGCCCUUGCCUAAAUAGGAGAAAAGCAGAGUGGAGGUGUGAGGGAUCUGACAUGGUAUCUCUCCGUAGAAAACCAUCUGAGGAGAUGGAGAGGGCUAUAAGGUUAAGGAGGAAGCCCAUCUUGGUGAGGAAGGGCAACAAGGAGAAGUCCCUCCCCAUGGAGAAGCAAGUGGUGGAUCUGUGUCAGUAUGAGCUGCAGCAUGCAAUGGAGCUGGGUUUGGCAAGGGUGUCUUCUGAGCAGCAACAUCUGCCUUCAUGGAAGACGCCAGGUCAGGAGAGAGGGAGGGACAAAGGGCGAGACCAGAGUGAACAUAUGUGGCUACAGCCCCUGGGUUGCAAAACUGUCAAGAGGCCAGUGUUGGAAUCAAGCUACUUGGAAAAAGAGUCCUUCUCCCCUCCCUCAUGUUGGAGCCAGGAGGAGAGCAGUGCCUCCCCUAGAACCUCCCCUUCCUUCAACUUUGCACUAAACAAGGAGUCCUUGACAGAUGCCGAAAGGAUGAAGUUCUUGCAGCAUGAGAAUGAGGAACUGCGUCGGCACCUGGCUUAUAUCACCAACAAAAUGGAGGCAAUGGAGAGGGAGUUGGAGUCUGGCCAAGACUACCUGGAGAUGGAGUUGGGCCAGAAUCGUGAGGAGCUAGAAAAAUUCAAGGACAAAUUCCGUAGGUUGCAGAACAGUUACACAGCCUCACAGAGAACUAAUCAGGAUUUGGAAGAGAAGCUGCACACUCUGAUUAAAAAAGCUGAGCUGGAUCGAAAAACACUUGAUGGGGAGAUUGUGGAGCUCACUAAUAAACUAUUGGAUGCUAAAACAACUAUCAAUAAACUGGAAGAACUUAAUGAGCGAUAUCGGCAGGACUGUAAUCUGGCAGUGCAGCUCCUGAAAUGCAACAAAUCACACUUUCGGAACCACAAGUUUGCUGAUCUCCCCUAUGAACUGCAAGACAUGGUCAACAAACACCUGCACAGCACUCAGGAGUCCUCAGGCCCUGGCCAGGAGGCCCCUCACACCUUAGCCCCAUCUGAUGUUGUACCCACCUCAGUAAUUGCCAGAGUCCUAGAGAAGCCAGAGUCGCUGGUGCUGAACUCGGCCAAAUCCAGCAGCGGCAGUUGCUCCGUCGCCGAGGAUGUCUUUGUGCAUGUAGAUAUGAGCGGAGCUCUGCCUGAUGCCUGUCCAAGCCCAGGCCAUCCUGGAAAUGAGGCAAUAGAGGGAGCGAGACAGCAAAAUGGGGGCUGUAAGCCACAGAACUGUUUGGAGAGCCUGCCUGGUGAGGUGCCCACGUUUGAGAAGUUGAGUCCAUAUCCUGCCCCUCCCCCUCCCCACCCCAUGUAUCCCGGGCGCAAAGUGAUUGAGUUCUCAGAAGACAAGGUGAGGAUCCCAAAGAACAGCCCCCUGCCAAACUGUACUUACGCCACUCGUCAAGCCAUCUCCUUGAGCCUGGUUCAGGGGGAGGAUGAGAACUGUGACAGGCAGCGCACCCUUCCCAGCAGCCCAGCCUCAGAAGGCCAGCGCUCAGCUUCCAGUUGUUCUUAUCAGCCAUCCCCCAAGGUGAGCCGAGCUCACGGCUCCUCACAGAGCAGCCCCUUCAGCAGCCCACCACAGGUUCCCAGCACUUUUGCUAGUUCUGCCAGCUCCGAGGAAGAUUUACUAGCUAACUGGCAACGAAUGUUUGUGGAAAAGGCGCCACCUACCACGGAGCAGGUGCUGGUGAACCGCACAGCAUUUAGCCGUGACACAGCCCAGGAGCUCCAGAAACGUUUCAGCCGUUCCAUGCAGGAGCUGGGCCGGGCGGCCUCUGCUUAUUCGGAUGGUGAGGAUUCGGUGCAGAGCUGCAGCUGGACUGUGAGCAGAGACUCAAGCAUGGACACAGAUAGCACAGAGUCUCGGGCCCGCCGGAGCCACUUCUCCUCUGAUUAUGGUACAGAUUUCUCCCAGGAUGAAGCCCACAAAUUGCUGCAAGGGGAUGGCAGUGAGGGGAUGGCAGAGCCUGAAAGUUCUUCACCAGAGAAGCACAAAGACUACGUAGACCUUGCCUCACUUGGGAGCCCAGCUGAAGAGCAGGAAAUGCUGCUACAGGGAAGCAGGGAGAACAGCCAAGAGGGCAUUUCAGAGCAGAGCAGGGAGUGCAAGAGCAAGCCGCCUCCUGGUCGCCCCCAUCGCAGCCCCAAGAGAAUGGGGGUUCAUCACCUCCAUCGCAAAGACAGCCUGACACAGGCCCAGGAGCAAGGCAACUUGCUCAAUUGAGGUAGGAAGGAAGCCUGGGCUGCCCAGGUGCAGUGUUGCAUCCAGCUCCCAAGGGCUGUGCCUCUAGUCCUGAGGUUCAAAGGAUGACCAUCAUGGUACUCUUUCCCAGGAAUUCCAGGCCAUUUUUAUAUAUUUAUUGUAUUUUUUUAAAACACAUGAAGAAUGGAGGUAGCUCUCCUACUGCAGCACCAGGACAAAACACUUGGGUGUACCCCAGCGCAGGUGCUACUGGUCACAGCCCAGUUUGCACUCAUCCCCAUUGUUUCACAGCUCAGUUCUGCCUUCACACUCCUAUUCCUUCCUGCUACCACAUCCCAUUGUUGAAUUCCGAGUUACAUCCCUCAGCUUGUGCCAAGAAAUAGGAACACGCUGUCCCUAUUUUUGUUUGUGUUACUCUUCCACCAAGCCAUCAUGUGAAGGCUGAGGAAGGCAUGAAGGCUUCCAUAGAUGGGCAUUCCCACCUGUGUGAGCUUUGCUGCUUUUCUUUGCUGAAUUCUACUAUGUGGAUGUGCAUUGGUGUGAACAGUGCGGACGAUGCUCAGAGGUCAUCCCUAUAGUUUCCUUGCCUCCUGAGUCGUGAGCUAAGCAAAGUACUUGCUGGGAAAGCUCCAGACUCGGAAACCUAGGAUUCCAUCUGCCAGAAUGGACCUCAGAGCUUCCCUGUUGGAGUCAGCCAGCCAAACUGAGCUGGACUGUUUGCCAUUAAGGGCUCAGUUGUGCGUGCCUCCACUACUGUCACGUCAGCUCUUACUUAGGCAGUCUGUAUCUCAUUUGAAUAGUAUGAAACUAUAUGUGUGUGUUUUUAACUUACAGGUCUCUUGUCUCUUAAAAUGUGCUUUUCUUUUGUAAAUGUGCAAAGAAACUGGAAGGGGUGUGGGGGUAAGAGAGUAUCUGCUCUGCAAGAAGUGGCUCAUCUCAUGUUUGAGUAUUACUCCAUGGCCAGUCCAUAGCAGUCCUUCACCAGCUGAGGAACAGGUAAAGCCUAAGCGAUGCAGCCAUCUUUCCUCUUGAUGACAUUUUCUAUGCACAAAAAGAGAUGACUGUUUUUGUUUGCUCCCUUGAAGAUGGCUGAUGAGGAUGGGCAUCCCUCUCUGGGCUGUGAUCCAAAUUGACACUAGUGCCUUCCCAAGGCCUUAGGCAAGGUCUGAUAUUCUCCCUCCCCUUCUUGGUUUGUCUUUUAUGUGUAUUCAGUGUUUUAUUUUUCCUUUGCAGUACUGUAUGUUUCUAUGUGUAUGUGUGCACGUACCUGGGGAAGGUGAGGAAAGGUUGGCAGUGUUAGCAGUUUUUCACUGAAUGAUCAAGCUCACAAAAUUCAGUUUCCUAGCCUGACCCUGGUACAACCGUCAUGCAACCAGUGAAAAUACUAGACGGCUGGUCUUAAUUACAUUGCCAGCUGCUUUUGUUUGAAUGAAGUCUAUGUGAGUUUCCACUUGGGAGUACCCUAAAACAUUUCUUCUCAGCCCAGGGAAUCGUCUCUCUUGCAAACACCAGCAAAGCAGCUGAGAGCUGCCCAGAAAAUCCACUCAUAGUCCUGCAGGGCCAACAACUUUCCCUAAACCUUCCAGUAUCCAUUGGAUGGCUGCCAAAGCCUAUCUUGUGUUGAUCUGCUGCCUUUUUUGCUGCCCUCUGCUGCCUCCCUUCAGAUCUAAGCAGGGUCUGCUGUGUUAGUCUUGGGACAGUCUGGCCAUAGCAGACUUUCGAUGUGGCCUUGUUAAGGCCACCUCUUUUAUUAUUAAGCUACUGGCUAUUGCAUCCUGGUGUUGGGGUGUGACUCAGUAUUUUUGAUUUAGCUAGGCUAAUAAAUUGGUGCUAAAGAAGGGCAACUUUCCUUUAGCCUACAUGACCCCUAAUGAUCUUGCUUCUACAGCUGGCAAAUACUUGUGUUGCUCAGCCACUCUCCUGCUGCAGCCUUUGAUUAUUUUUUUUAAUUUCCUCUGCUUUUAAAAGUGUAGAAUCCAAGUUGCCAUUUGUUCCUGCUCCAGCACUGCAGUGUUCUCUCUCCUUUUAAGUGGUGCUGGAAAUCGGAAGGCUUUAGGGCUACUUAGUGCCCUCUCUUGUGUAGACAGUGUUGGACAGACAUAGUGCUGGGGGAAGCCCUAGCCUGUAGAAUCUGGGCCCUUCUCAUGAGCUUGGCUAAAAUGGGACUGACUUUAGCACAUCUCACCAAGAUAAGUUUUGAGUCGAGCCCAGUGCUCCUUUAUGUGACUGAGCUGCACAACUGCACUUAAGGCAGCCUGAAACAGCCACCAAACUGAAAACUAGAAACAGGUACUACAACGUUGAUUUAAACUAAUCUCCCUUUUCCCUUUAAUCAUGUUGGGCUAAAGGCUGGGAGGAGGGGAGAGGAAGUGGCCAUUCUUAAGUGCAACAGAGGAGCACCACUUAUUUCACUGGGACUGGGUGGCAGUGAAAUCUCCAGGAGAACUGAGGAGGGAGUGUGUUAGUGUACCCACUGCAGCUUUCCCCCCCUGAUUUUCUCUUAUGCAGUCCAGCAUCACAGACUUUUGUACCUUUCACAUCUCUGGCAGUAUUCUCUUGGUGAGCUUUAGUCGCCCCACAUUUUACAAUGUCCCAACUCAAGACUGUUAAAUCUGCGACUAAUGUGUUUUUCUGAUAUUUUCAAACUGACGAUGUAUAUUUUAAAGCGAGAAAUAAACUAUUUUAAAAGUA